AGUCUACCCACGGGCGCUCACAAUGUAGGAAGCGCUCGCUUGAAAACAGAUUACCACCACACACACUGCUUGCCAGUGACUGAUAUUAUUUGCUUCCAUCUUCGGAGUGUUGAUGGUAAUCUGAUUAAUUUGAGGAAUUUUGGCUCUGAGCAUGGAGGGCUGCUAUCUCCCCGAAUACGAAAGGAUGGAAGCGUGGCUUGACGACCACUUGGAGUUCGCUCACUCCUACUUUGUCAGGAAGGCUACAAGGGAGAUGGUGAAUGCCUGGUUUGCUGAGCGAGUCCACUCCAUCCAGCCCUCCUCAUCAUCCUCCUCCUCGUCAUCCUCCAAAGAAACCCUUACACCACAGAGACCCACCCAGCCCUCAGACAGUCCCUGCCUAGCCUUCUCCCUGCCCCCUUCCCUGGGCCUGAACGACAGGCGCUCUCCCUCCCCAGCCCCCAGCCCCGCUCCCAGCACCCCCACCCGCAAGAUCUCUGCAUCUGAGUUUGACAGGCCACUGAGGCCCAUCGUGGUCAAGGACGCGGAAGGCUCACUAACCUUCCUCUGCGACGCCGAACCCGACCGAGGCGACAUCCGGACGCCCAUGCCCUUCAGAACCCAGCAGGGAGGGGUCGGGUUUGGCAUCCCCACGGGGAUGAUGGACGAGGUGGGCAGUGCCCGGGGGUUGGACCGCUGUGCCAGGCUGUUGGAGUUGGUGAAGGAUGUGUCGAGUCACUUGGAUGUGACGGCUCUGUGCCACAAGAUCUUCCUGCACAUCAACGAGCUGAUCGCUGCCGACCGCUACUCCCUCUUCCUGGUGGGCGAGGACAGCUCCAACAGGAAGUUCCUGGUGAGCAGGCUGUUCGAUGUGGCCGAGGGCUCCACACUGGAGGAGGUGUCUAAUAGCUGCAUCCGCCUGGAGUGGAACAAGGGAAUUGUGGGUCACGUGGCGGCCACGGGCCAGCCCCUCAACAUCAAGAAUGCUUACGAGGACCCCAGGUUCAAUGCAGAGGUGGAUCAGAUUACAGGAUACAAGACCCAGAGCAUCCUGUGUAUGCCUAUCAAAAACCAUAGAGAAGAGGUGGUAGGAGUGGCUCAGGCCAUCAACAAGAAGUGUGGAGAGAACGGUACUUUCACUGAACAGGAUGAAAAGGACUUCUCUGCCUACCUGGCCUUCUCCGGGAUCGUCCUACACAAUGCCCAGCUCUACGAGACGUCCCAGCUGGAAAACCGACGCAAUCAGGUGCUGUUGGACRUGGCCAGUCUGAUCUUUGAGGAGCAGCAGUCUCUCGAGGUGUUACUGAGGAAGAUAGCAGGCACCAUCCUCUCCUUUAUGCAGGCCCAGGGCUGCACUGUCUUCAUAGCCGAUGGAGACUCUAUGAACUCCUUCUCCAGCGUGUUUCACAUGGAAUACGAGGAGCUGGGAGAGGCCAUAGACGUCCCCAAAAGGGACUGUGACGUGAGUCAGAUAAACUACAUGUACGCCCAGUACGUGAAGAACACCAUGGAACCUCUGAACAUCUCGGACGUCACCAAAGACCAACGCUUUCCCUGGACGAGUGAGAACCCAGAGCACCCCAGUAACCAGAUCAAGAGUUUGCUCUGUACUCCUAUCAGGAACGGGAAGAAGGAUAAAGUAAUAGGUGUGUGCCAGUUGGUGAACAAGAUGGKCGAGGCGUCGGGGAAGGUGAAGCCCUUCAACCGGAACGACGAACAGUUCCUGGAGGCCUUCGCCAUCUUCUGUGGCCUGGGUAUACAGAACACCCAGAUGUAUGAAACAGUGGAGAGAGCCAUGGCCAAACAGGAGGUCACACUGGAGGUCCUCUCGUAUCACGCCUCUGCUGCAGAGGAGGAGACACGGGCGCUGCAGGUAACCGCGGCAGCCACUGUUCCGUCAGCCCAGUCUCUGCGGCUGAUGGAGUUCAGCUUCAGUGACUUUGAGCUGUCCGACGCUGAGACCACUCAGGCCACCAUACGCAUGUUUGUAGACCUCAACCUGGUCCAGAACUUCCAGAUGAAAUACAAGAGUCUGUGCCAGUGGAUCCUGAGCGUGAAGAAGAACUAUAGGAAGAACGUGGCCUACCACAACUGGAGACACGCCUUCAACACCUCCCAGUGCAUGUUCGCCCUGUUCAAAUCUGGCCAGUUACAGAGUAAUAUGAGUGAGCUGGAGAUCCUGGCCUUUGAUGAUUCAGCCCUGGUCAUGACCUGGGACCACAGAGGAGUCAACAACUCCUACAUACAGAGGUAGGCUUGUGUGUGUGUGCUUUGUGUGUGUGUGUGUG